CUCAAAAUACUGACUUUUGCUUGACGACUAUACUUCAGUAUUUUGAUGAAAAGUUUUAUCUUAAUGUUUAAUUUAAUCCUGUCAUAUAUCUAGUUUUGUAGAGCGUUCGAUGUGCUAUCGAAUGGUGUAUAAUUGUUGGGAAAUAGGCUAUAUUUUGACGGAGAUAUGAGGAUCACACUAAAAAGUAGCGAUUUUAACUAAAUCACUGAGUAGUCGUCAGUGUAGUCCUUAUAAAUUUCUUGUUAUAUGAUUAAUCGAGCUAAUAUUUUGGAUUUAGUAGUUUCACCUCAUGGGCUAUCGAUUCCACUAAUAAAAUGAGGGGGUGAAAAUUUUCGAGAGUAUGGGUCCCUAAAAAUUGCUCGAUUGAUUCAUGGACCCUCUCUUCUAUGCAAAUGAUUCAAAUGCAAACAACACCUCAUUCAUCAUUAAUAAAUACGAAUCAUUUAUAAGCAAAUUAUACUCAUCUUAAUAUACAACAAUCAAUAACUAUUGAAGGACAACAUGAAUCAAAUAUAUAUCAUGUACAAAAUGAAAAUCAUGGAGAAACAAUUUUACCUAAUCAAUAUCAUUCAAAUAUUGAUGGUUUAAAUAAAACAGAAAUUUUACAAUAA